UGAGGAGUAGCUGCAACGCGAGGAAAAACGCAUGCAACUGAGCACCGUUGCCUUGCGGAUGGAAAGAAGAGAGAAAAAAGAUCGCACUUGGACGACUGACCACUUUGCUGAGAAACUGCUACUCGAAUUGUUUAACUUGUUGAUGCGACGUUAUUCUACUGUUUUUCCUCUAUCGUCUGGCUGCAGUAUUCUAUUCCGAGGAUAGGUAUUUUAUUAAACUCACCGUGGAUGCAGUUUAAAUAGCAGCCUUUCCUAAGAUGCAAUUCAUCUCUGAACCAUAGCACUGUAAUAACCGGAGCAGGGUUGUAUUAAACACUAUAGGCCAGCAUGGCAGCAGGUGUAGCGGCAUGGCUCCCAUUCGCCCGAGCGGCGGCCAUAGGAUGGAUGCCCGUGGCGAGCACCCCGAUGCCCAUCCCUCCGCAAGAAAAGACGAAAGGCAAGGACGGGCUCAUCAUCCUCAACGUGAGUGGGACCAAGUUUCAGACGUGGCGAACUACUUUAGAGAGGUAUCCGGACACUUUGCUGGGGAGCACGGAGAGAGACUUCUUUUUCCACGAAGAGACAAACGAGUACUUCUUCGACCGUGACCCUGACAUCUUUAGACAUAUCCUCAAUUUUUUCCGCACAGGGAAACUACACUAUCCGCGCCAAGAAUGCAUAGCAGCGUACGACGAGGAGCUCGCUUUCUUUGGUAUAAUCCCCGAAAUUAUUGGUGACUGCUGUUAUGAGGAGUACAAGGACCGGAGGCGCGAAAAUGCAGAGAGGCUUCAAGACGACGAGGAGAUGGACAUGAGCAAUGACGCACCGCCGGUGAACCUCACGUACCGGGAGUUCCUGUGGCGGGCUUUUGAAAACCCUCACACCAGCACCUUAGCUCUGGUCUUCUACUAUGUCACAGGCUUCUUCAUUGCCAUAUCAGUGAUGGCCAAUGUGGUGGAGACGGUUCCGUGUGGGGUUUUGCCCAACAGGUCAAAGGAGAUGUCCUGUGGCGACCGAUACGCACUGGCCUUCUUUUGUUUAGACACUGCUUGCGUCAUGAUAUUCACGGUUGAGUAUCUCCUCCGUCUAAUAGCAGCUCCCAGUCGGUACAAGUUCAUGAAGAGUGUGAUGAGCGUCAUUGACGUGGUCGCCAUCAUGCCUUACUACAUUGGCCUGGUCAUGACCGAUAAUGACCAGGUGAGCGGUGCUUUCGUCACACUGAGAGUCUUCCGGGUCUUUCGGAUUUUCAAGUUCUCCCGGCACUCCGCGGGGCUGCGCAUCCUGGGCUACACCUUGAAGAGUUGCGCUUCCGAGCUGGGCUUUCUACUAUUCUCCCUCACCAUGGCCAUCAUUAUUUUUGCAACGGUCAUGUUUUAUGCAGAAAAGGGCUCCACAGCCAGCAAGUUCACCAGUAUCCCCGCAGCGUUUUGGUACACCAUUGUCACCAUGACAACACUGGGGUAUGGUGACAUGGUGCCAAAAACAAUCGUGGGGAAGGUGUUUGGGUCCAUAUGCUCUCUGAGUGGGGUGCUGGUCAUCGCCUUGCCUGUCCCUGUCAUAGUGUCAAACUUCAGCCGUAUCUACCACCAAAGCCAGCGGGCAGAGAAACGGCGAGCCCAGAGGGCCUCCAAGGAGGCAGGACGAGCCCUGGUGGCGAAGGCCCCCAGCCCUCCUUUUGAGAGCCAACAUAAUCACCUGCUGCACUGCCUGGAGAAAACCACGAACCACGAGUUUGUGGACGAGCAGACGUUUCAGGCUAACUGCAUGGAGAUCUCUGUGAUGAACAAGUCGGGGUCUCGUGCAUCCUCGCUGUCCUCGUCUCCACAUGGCCUCAGCUCGUGCUGCUCUCGGCGCCACAGGAAGAAGAGCAGCUUCAGCCUGCCCAGCACAAACAACCAGGAGCUCAGCACCAUACAGAUAAGAGAGAGGCCUGUGGCCAACAGCCGCUCCAGCCUGAAUGCCAAACUUGAUGAGACUGUGCCCUUGAAAUGUGACAAACCUUACAUCACUCCUUCCAUGGUCAGCCUAUCUGCACCGGUGGUGACCUCAUCGGACGGACAUGGCUCCAUCACCACCGCCGCAUACUCUCAGAGCAACAUUGUCCGAGUAUCUGCCUUGUAGAUGUCAUGCUUAUCUGAUCAGCUAACUGGUCUCAAGAAACACCAGAUGCUGAGGAGAGGGACCACCUAGCAUCAACCUGCCAUAAUUUAGAGGGAUUAUAAAUAUAAAAUCUGGGUUUUUGAAGUAGUGAUCUCAUCUGAUGUCACACUCUGCAUGGUAUUAAAAUGAUGUGGACGGCUGCCUUGGAAAUUAAAGCAAACCAGCACAUCUUGCGCCAUUAAGCACAGCAGAGCAAGGAAGUGUUGGUAUUGCGUGGUUAUCGUUGUUGCCUAAAAAUACUGAGAAAAAUUUAUUUUUGAACAUGUAAUGUAGUUGUAUUUGUUGUCUUCUGAUACUUAGGAGGAAAGGCAGAUGUUAAAAGGUCAUUCUUGAUAGCCUCUGAUGACAAAGCACACGUAUUCAUUAACUGAGGACCAUCUUUGUGAAUAUUAAAUCAUCUACUUACAUAUUAGAAACACUCACCACCCAGUUAAAUACAUUGUUUUGAAACCCUUCAACUACCCUGUUUCUAAUAGUCCCCUCAUUGUUGUAAAUUCAGAAAACAUGCAUCCACUGGAAUGGAUAACUGUUGUGAAUAUUCAUUAACUUACUCAUUAACUGGUUGAUUUCAUAGCUUGAUGAGUAAAAAAUACAACGCAUCCACAUGUUUCUGAAAUGUGCAAGUGAACGUCAAAAUGACAAAAUCUGUGUUAACUUACAUAUUUGACAACCUGGUAUGGAUCUAUGUGAAAGCCACUGUCAUUAAUUAACAAUGGACAUUGAGAAAUAUGCAGGGUACAUAUUAAUUAGGUCACAAGGUAGAAAUCUAAGUGACUGUUCUCCACAACACUCAACUAAUACUAACCCUAAUGUAGACACAGAUUGACCUGGAAAACCAUAUGAAAGAGUGUUGAACAUCAAUUCCAUUGCACUGCUCUUAAAUUAUAAUAUUCAUUAUAAUAAGUGAGACUUGGUAGAUUUCACUGUGUUAAAGGGCCAUUUUGUACAUUUUUCAUAUUGUAAAUAUCUAAUUUAGAACUUUAUCAGCUGCAUUUGAAGUUGGCUCCUCUUAUUUCUAGAUUUAGUUGACAGUUGUUGGCAUACUAUUUCUGUCUGUUAACUGGUUGAAUUAAGGAUUUGCAUGCUGUCAUUGCAGAAUUC